AUGAGCAUGAACCCUAAAGCGAAAACAUCUCAAAUGACACGCACUGUGGGAGGCUGCUCAUAAAACACUUCCACACAAACACGCACAAAUACGCUGGCAGGCAUCUUGUCUCAAAUCUCUUGGAUCAAAUCAUUCUUGAAUGCUAAGCAGCGCAGUCUGUUGUUGUGUUGUCCAUGUUGCUAAGCGACCAUCAGCGAGUCAAAGGCUGGAAGAAGAGACAAGUCCCGAAGGAGAUCGAGACGUGGUGAACGGGAGGAAAUUGUAAGAUUUUAGGAGCCAUCUCCGGCCCUUCAGAUAUAGCGUUGUUGGGGAAAAUGUGGGACACGAGGUCUCUUGAGAAGAUGGUGAACAGGACGACUCUGAGCACGCAGCGAGUGCUCCACACACACAUUUUGGAACUUGGAGAACAGUUGCGUCUGUCUUCAUCUCUCAACGCUAAAACGGACAACCACCUGAAAUCGCCUCCAAAGUCAGUCUGUUCACCGCAACCUGUGAUUGGAUGGGACGAGGCUGACACCCCCGCUGUAGAAGAAUUUAAGCUGCUGGCGGAGAAGGAGAAACAUACUGCUCUUCGACUGCAAGAGGAGAGGCUUCGGGCCCAGUUUGAAGAUGCGCUACGAGCGAGGGACAGGCUGGAAGCUGAAGUGAGGCUGGAGCUCCAGCAAGAGCUGCAGGCCGGCUUCAAAGCUCACUGUGAAGACCUGAGGUCUCAGAUGGAGGAGGAGAAGGUCCAGGCUGUAGAGGAGGCUUGCAGGAAGCUGAGAGAACAGCUGGAGAAAAGGGCAGAUGAGGACCAUGAGAGAACAAUACAAGCUUUACAAGAUGAAAACCAGGAGCAUGUGAGGAGGUGUGUGGAGAAGGCAGAGAGAAGUGUUCGUGAGGAUUGCGACGUGAAGGCCCAAGGAGAAAGACAAGUCCUAGAGGACAAGCAUGCAGAAGAUAUAUCCGAACUACAUAACAGGAUGAAGCAGCUGCAGGACAGUCUGGAGCAGGUCUGCGGGGAGCGUAUCCAGUAUGAAGCAGAGUUUAAGAAGGUGCAGGCUAGUUAUAAGCAGUUUGUGGACCUGACUGAUUCCUCUAUGCACUCUGACUACCUCUUAAAACUUCGCAGACUGGGUAGAGAGCCGGGUCUCACAGACACUGCAUCACAGACUGAUGACAUCACACCUGAACUGUGACCACAAGUAUUUGCACAUCAGCAUCUGGUUGGUUACAUGUCACCACAGCAAUUGUCCUGCUGUAUACUAUUUAACACUGGCGUGACUAUAAGAAUAUACUGUACUUUUCACAAUGUCAUCCUGCAUGAAUAUUUUAUUGAACAUUGCAAAAAUCUAAAGGUCAAUACAAACAAUUUAAACAUUGAAAGAAAGCAACCAGCCACAAAGAUGUUAACCUUGAAUCUUGAGAAAUAACAUUUGUGUUUAUGUUACUUGUCAAAUACCCAUCUUUAAAUGUCAUUUAAAUGUCACUUUUUUAAAUAAAAUUAAAUGUCACUUAAAUAUCAAAUAAAUUUGACAUGUUGUUUGA